CAGGAAUUUGUUUGAACUUGCCUGGCGAGGAAGGUCACUUUAGUUUACCAACAUAAAGAAUAAAGAUGGAAUAUUAGAAGAAGAACUUCACAUCUUCAUCACGCAUCUUUAUUCGCUUUUCUAGACGGCAAAAUUGAAUGAAAACCGAGAAGAAUGAGCGGAAACCACGUCAUGACAUCCAGUUCCACGAUGACCACCCCGUCUGCGCCAUUUGGUGGCGACACCCAGGACGAACAAGAAUACCAGCAGCGGGAGCCCUGUUCUAUUUCCACGGACAACCGCGCCGCUGUUGAUGCAGAACAGGCUGCGCGGGCGACAGCAACUCCGGUUCAGGACAGAACAUCUGCAGGAGGUGAAGAUGUUGUAGUUCCUCUCCACCGCGAUGAUGAUGAGACUGAAAAUAUUAAAGGCGAAGAAGUUCCCGCUGCAGGAGCUGCCCCUAGAACAACCGGUCCUGCCUCCAAACAGCUGACAACUCGCUCCCCACGACCGGCGUUGCAUCAUGUUCCCGUUCCCUUGAAGGACCGACCCAACCACGUCGAUUUGGUGCGCGAAGUUUCUGACACGAUUUAUUUCCGCGGAAUUUCGCCCAAAUUCCUCACCGACGAAAACUUGAUCGAGCUCUUGAACCACUUUCGCCCCGUGCGGGAGAUCGACCUUGCGGAGCGGCGGACCGCGGGCAGCGGCAGCGUGUGGGCGCGCUAUGCGACGGUCGCGGACGCGGGGACGGUGCUGUUUCACCUACACAAGUUGCAGUUUCAGGGUUACUUUCAGGGCCUCGGGCUGAUGACCAGCUUCGAGCUGGGGAGCACGGUCGGUUCCUGGUGCGAAGAAGUAGGUUCAUCUUCCAGUACAAGAACUUCUUGCACACAGAGGACUACAAACACUGAAGCAAUGUCCUCAACCUCUUCAGCUGGUGCAAGAACUCCUCUAGCCGAACCUAACGCCGGAUCUAGUACUUCUGCCUCGGGAGCACGACAAGCUACGGCAGCGCCGCGUUUCCGCAGUACCGUGUCGUACAACCCAGUUCUCCGGCGGAUCCAGCCGCUGGCGCAACGGGAGCUGCCGUCGUUGAAGGAUUGGCUGCGUUAUGCAAUACAAAUUUCCCGUACAUGUACAAGGUGCAUCACAAAUUUCACCACUUUAGAGUGUACUAUCGCUUGUCAUGCUAAACUAGGAUCGGAGCCAAGUUUUGUCAUGCAGAGACCGCAUUUGUACGUGUGCGGGAAAUUUACUGUGGAUAUGCGUGACCGCGCGACGGGGCAACUGGACGUGACCGGGAGGUCCGCAGCAAGUAGAGCGGCGGCGGCGGGUGGAGGAGGUGCAAGUGGGAAAAAAAUGAAAAAGGAGAGCACGCAGCAAGCGGGGCUCAUCUACGCGACUCCGGACGGUGGAAAAGUGAAGAAGCAGAAGGGGAAAGACAAAAAAGAAAAGAACAGCACGGCGUCAAUUUCCUCUGGCGUAAAAAUAUCACCCGCAGUGGGUCGUGGAGAGGAGCAAGAAGUAGGGCGACGAGAGAAAAAUGUUGUUGAAACUAGUAGCGACACUUCUCCUGCUGCACCCGCUGGCCCCCUGACAGCGGAGAAAAGACGAAGCAGCAGUAAAGAUGAAAAGGCGCAGCGCGGUCAAGAUACUUGUGAUGCAGGACCCAAUAAACAAAAGCAUUAUGAUCAUCAAGCAGGUCGUCAACAACGUAUUGGAAAAGGAGAAAGAAAUGCAGCAAAGCCUGUCCUGCUCACGACUCCAAAAGCUUUCAAGUGGGGUUUCCACACCGCCGCCGGGGACGUGGCCGGGAUCGAGGACGGGGAAGAACAAGAAGAUCAAGACAGCACAGCGCCAUCAUCUUCAUCUACAAGAACGGCUUCCAGAAUGAAUGAAGACGAAAGUGGUAAGGAUCAUUUAGAACAAGAAAUACAGCUACCUGCGGCCUCCUCCAAAAGCUCGUUCCAAGAAGGAGAAACCAACAAGGAUCUUCAGCAUCAAACGCGGGAUCAGCCCCCGCACACGAAGGAUCAUACUAGCAGCCUGCAGGCCGCCGCAAGAAAGCAAGCGCCGGCGUCGUCGAAGAAUGUGGACCAGAAGCAGAAACAAACCGCGAUCGCGAAGCAGAGCCCGCCGCAGAAACGCCAACUGGUGAAGAAUCCGCAGGUGGCGCUUUUUCGCGUGCAGGACAUGCAGUACCAGCAAAAGGCGUUUGUGAUUAACAAAGAGACCAAAUACCCCAUGCCGACCGGGGUGUACGGGGCCAGGGUGCUGCGGGAGUGCCGGGCGCUGCUGUUUCAAAAUUACAGUAGAGAACUAUCAAAAUCCUUGCAGACGUCGAGAGCCCUGCUGCGCCGGAUCGGGGAUGUCGAUUUGCUCGGGGGCUUGAAGAACUACGACAAGGUAUCGAAAGGAAAAAUCCCCCCUCCCCAUAUCAAAACGGAACUUCUGAUGCUGGAUUUGUGUCCACAAAUCUGCUUUGUAUUGCAGUAAGGCACUGCGGCCAGAUCCCCAGGCUAGGUGGGGUGUAUGGGUCUAGUUGUUCAGCAUUGCAAACGGCUGACCUUUAGGCCCAACAGCAUGACAAAUCGCUUCCAUAAUGGGGCGGAAGCUUUUGCCCUUGUUUUCUUGCAAGACAAAUGUGAUUUGCGACCUCAAAUCAGCAACGCAAAUUUUCGGUAACGUACCUUCUCGAUAUGGGGAGGGGGGAUGUUUCCUCUCAAUACAAGGAAAUCUCGGAGUCCAUGGCCAUGGUGGACGCGGUCGAACGAGGUCUGCGGUUGCUCACUUUAUCCUCGCCCCACGCCCUGCGGAAUGUGAACGUAUUCGUUCUCGGGGACGGAAAGUACGCGCUCACCGCCUGCUGUCUGCGCGCGUUUCUCGGCGGGGAGCGGAGCUCGAAAAAGCAAGAGGUCUUAGCGGAACAGAAGCGAAUGCUGUUGCGGGGGCAAAAGGGUGGAGCUGCAUCUUCAUCUUCUUCUUCUAGAAGUUCUCCUGCAACAGCAACUGUUGAAAAUGGUGCGACAGAACCAGUCUCUGGGAGUGUAGGAGGAGGAUCUUCAAGCUUUUGGGAAGAUGUUGAACAGAAUCGACACGACGAACACCGUCAAGAAGCCCCCUUGUGUGCUCAGUUAGAAAACAUUGAAGCGAGCAGCCGGAAUUUCGAGCAAACCUGGCGGUGGUUCAGCAUCGAUCCGAUUAUGGAGGUGGAGCGAGAUCUGUUGGACAACGUCCCGAAUUUCCACCAAUGCCCGCUCAUGUCCCAAGACUUUGACAUCCCAGCGCAACUGCGGACCGCCGGGUGCGAGGAGACGGCGGUGCGAAGGUUUCAAAUGAACGCGGACAAAACGGCCUUCGAAGAGGAUAUCGGAACGAAGAUUGUGUGUGAAGCAGUCGAUAGUAGUUCUUCGCCAGUCGUCUUCGACAAGAAGAUUAUCAAUGCGCAUGAUGUGGAAGAACGUCAAGUCGAAGAGGAAUUUUCCGGUACUACAGGGAACAAAAGUUCCGCCAGCGGUGGACAUGAUCUUCAACCUGUAAAUAAAAUGCAAGAUCACGUGGCCAAUGUCGCAGUGGAUCACGAGAUCAUCAUGAACGCCGACGAGAAAGUUGCACGGAACGCAAAUCAUGGCAAAACCGCGACCUCCACUUUGGUGACGGAGCCCAGCGUGAGUUGUUCCUAUGCCGGAAGUAGAUCUUCUUGUUCUUACCCCAAGAACGUGUUUCCAGAUUCCUCCGAAAUCGAUGGGAAGCUGACGAUUGUGGUCGCGUGUCACAGCCACGCGCCGCUCCGGGAGUUCUGGCACCGGGUCCCGAAGCCGAAGAUCUGCGCGACGCUGCCCUGCUGCGAAAACUACAGCGAUUUGGGGGUCACGCCGGACCUGCAGUACGACGAUUUCGAAGUCUUCACACCAAAAAGACGGGUGCGACUGUACAGGGAUAUUUAGAUGGCAAUUGCUCGGCUUUUACUCGUUGCUACUGAUAAAUGUUGCAACGUCCACGUCGUCGCGCAUCGAAUAAUAUUGAGACUUCUACACUCGAACGACUUUGGCUUUCCACUGUGCCAGCAGAUCUUUUUCUCUUCGCGAUACUCACAGCUCCGCAAUUCGUUUAGCAUACGACAUAAAACUUCUAUGGCCGCGCCGAGCUUUCUGGAUAAUCGACAGCUGCGUGCACUCGACACGUAUUGUUUGAUUAUUCAAGCGGUCUGACAAC